AAUGAAAUAAAAGUGCUCUCUAUAUACACUGCCUCUCUCAUUACUUCAACCACACUUUCCCUAAAAAAGAAGAAAGAACUUUGGUUCUAUCGACUCCUCCACUUUCUCCAAUAUAUAUAUACCAUUUCUACACAACUAUUAGGAUCCAUAUCAAGGUAAAAAAAUCUCUUCUCUUCAUCAAAUACAUAUAUAUAUAUCAUCAACUCAGAAAAUAUGGAGGGUGAAAUGAACAACUUCAUCAAGGUAUGGAUUUCAGUGUUGGUUUCUUUAACAUAUUGUUAUGUUAUAAGUAAACUAAUCUCAAAGGGUACUAAAAGACUCAUCUUUUACCUACCAAUAAUAUCACUCUUUCUCUUUCUCCCACUCAAACUAAAUUCAGUUAAUUUAGUUGGUGCAACUAGCUUUUGCUACUCAUGGUUAGCUAACUUCAAACUCUUACUCUUAGCUUACAACAAAGGCCCUUUAUCAUCUUCAAAUAAUCUCUCAUUUGGUCAAUUUUUAGUGAUUGCUUCUUUCCCAAUCGAAAUUAAGGAAAAGACCAAAAACCCAUCUCAAAAAAACCCUAAUAAUAAUAAACAACCAACAAUUAGUUUCACUUUAAAAACUCUUCUUUUGGCCAUUCUUAUUCAAAUAUGUAACAAUAUUAAUAAUAAUAAUAAAAAUAGCCAAAAUUAUUACCAUAAUAUUGUGGUUUUGAUUCUUUACUUCAUUAUAACAUAUCUUGUACUAGAGACCACUUUGGUCAUUGUGGCUACCUUGGCUCGAGCCAUGGUGGGUCUUGAGCUCGAGCCACAUUUCAACGAGCCAUACCUUUCAACCUCACUACAAGAUUUUUGGGGUAAAAGGUGGAACCUCAUAGUAACGCGUAUACUGCGUCCCACUGUAUUUUUACCCACUUAUAGAUUCUCAUCAACUUUCUUAGGGUACAAGUGGGCCCCACUACCUGCUAUAGUGGCAACUUUUGUAGUGUCCGGUUUGGUUCAUGAGCUAAUGUACUUCUACGUGUCACGUGCGACUCCCACGUGGGAAGUGACGUCAUUCUUUGUGUUGCAUGGGUUAUGUUUAACGGUUGAGAUUGUUUUGAAGAAAGGUUUGUGUGACACGUGGAGGUUGCCUGGUGUGGUGUCUGGAGCGUUGACUAUGGGGUUUGUUAUGUUGACCAGUUUUUGGCUUUAUUUUCCUCAACUUAUUAGGUGCAAGGCUGAUGUUAAGGUUCUUGAAGAGUAUGGUGAUUUGGGUAAGUUUUUGGGGAAAAUUGUUGGCCAAAGUUACCAUGUUUUUAUUAGGUUUCAAUCUCAAUAAUAAUAGUUUUGUAAAAUAGUAAUAAUAAUAAAAUGAAAGUAAAUUAAAGUUUUGUUUGGGGAAGAACAAGUGUCAUCUUGAUGUGAUCACAUUAUAUAUUGAAGACAUUUGUUGAUGUGAGUUGUGUUCACAUUGUAUAUUGAGGACAUUUGGUAUUUGCAUGUAACAUUAUUAAUCAUGAGAUAAUUUAAUAAUAUAUAUAUUUCUGUGUAA